GCCGGUUGUGGUUCCGGUUCCGUCGCGGAGACACGUGAAGGUCGGUGAGUUGGUGCGGGGUUGGUCUCGGCACGCGUGGCCGCGCUGGGAUGGAUUCUCCCUCGUCUUCCUCCGCGGCGGGUCUGGGCACCGUGGACCCGCAGUUGCAGCAUUUCAUCGAGGUGGAGACGCAGAAGCAGCGCUUUCAGCAGCUGGUACACCAGAUGACUGAACUUUGUUGGGAGAAGUGCAUGGACAAGCCUGGGCCAAAGUUGGACAGUCGGGCUGAGGCCUGUUUUGUGAACUGCGUUGAGCGCUUCAUUGAUACAAGCCAAUUCAUCUUGAAUCGACUGGAACAGACCCAGAAAUCCAAGCCAGUCUUCUCAGAAAGCCUUUCUGACUGAUCUCAGCAUUACCUCUUCGGAGAAGGAAGGUAGUUCAAGAAAUGAAGACCUGUAGAUGGGAAGGUUGAAGAAAAGGCUACCGGGGAAUUGGUUUCCACCUUUUUUCACUUUGGGGACAUCGUGUCAUCUGAGAAUGAACAAAGACCAAUUUUGUGUGUGUGUGGUUUGAAGGUCAUAUGUGUAUUUGGUUGUGUUUUUUAAUGCUAAUAUUGUGAAAAUAAUUGACAGAUGAAUGGAAAACUCUACCAGAUGCAUAUUACUGUAUGUGGGACUGUGCUUUUUUCAAAGUCCCGUUAACUGCUUCCUAUAAUUUGAGAGUGGAACUGCUUUCUAUAAUUUGAUAGUGGGACCACAUAGGUAAAAAUCUGUCAUUUGUGUGGAUUCAUUUCAUAUUACUGGGGAGGCUGAUAGUCAUAUUUGUAGCAGAAAGGACAGCUGUGGUGGGGCGGGAGAGUAAUUUGCUACUGUAACUCCAGGCCUCCUUAUCUAGUAUUAGACUAUCAGUGCUGGGAAAAAAACCUAUGGAGCAUUCAGACUGUACACUUCACUUUCUAGAUUAUCUCCCUCCCCUAUACUAUGACUUACUUAAAGACCUAUAUAAAGUAUGGCCUCUGGAGGCAGUACAGGCAGCCUGAGAGUCUAGAGGCUUUUAGUUAUAAAGGAAUCAAGCCAGUGAAGGUAAUUCACAUUAGUAGACUGCCACAAGGAAGAAGUUAACUUCCCCUGUAUUUCAGGGUACAGAAAAGUUAAAGAUGUGCCUAAAUUAGUCAUAAAGAUUUAGGCCAGUCAAAAACUAACAGCAGUUUCAGGUAGAGGUGCAUGCCUAAUGUUAAUUACUAUAGAUUCUAUUACCUGCAUUCUUUUGAUCAUUGAAAUAAAAGCUUCUACAGAUUCAGCUCUGA